CAGUCCCCCCACUUUUCUUCCCAACUCGCGGAGCAGCGAUGUCUGGCAGAGGCAAGGGCGGGAAGGGGCUCGGCAAGGGCGGCGCCAAGCGCCACCGCAAGGUGCUGCGCGACAACAUCCAGGGCAUCACCAAGCCGGCCAUCCGCCGCCUGGCGCGGCGCGGCGGCGUCAAGCGCAUCUCGGGGCUCAUCUACGAGGAGACGCGCGGCGUGCUCAAGGUCUUCCUGGAGAACGUCAUCCGCGACGCCGUCACCUACACCGAGCACGCCAAGAGGAAGACGGUCACGGCCAUGGACGUGGUCUACGCGCUCAAGCGCCAGGGACGCACCCUCUACGGCUUCGGCGGUUAAACUCCCUUCGCUUCCCACUCCUUCUCAGCAACCCAAAGGCUCUUUUCAGAGCCGCCCACUUACACUGCAAAGGAGCUGUGACACUGUCUUUUCGCUGGAAGACCACCUCCUGAAGCUACUGUUACUUAAUUUCAUUGAAUUGUGUUACUAUUUCUCAAGUGUUUCUGGUAAUUAUCUGUUAAUGCUUUGCGCUCUACUAUCAAUAGUGAAGUUACCUAUGCUGUCUAAAAGGAGUUUGAUUACUCCUUAAAUUCCCCAGUAAAUAUUGAGCACCCUGCUAAUAAAGUAUAUUAUUAUCAAAACAAAUUGAUUUUGUUACUGCUUCCAGGUCUCAGAGCUCAGUACAAUCUAUAAUAUUAAUCAAUUAUACUGUACUUGAUCUAUAAAUUCUUCCUUUAACUGAGUGUAGAUCAACAUUUGGGGAGGAUCAGCGUAUGGGAGGAAUAAAU